AUGGAUCAAUCUCCGAACCCCUUAUUGGACGAUUCCGAUCGCGUCCGAUCCAAGCAACAGGGUCGGAAGCGGAAGAGAGUAUCAGUGGCAUGUCGGUCAUGUCGCGUCCGCAAGUCUCGUUGCGACGGUGCGAUACCGUGCUCAUCAUGUGAAGAUAUGGAGACGGAGUGUCGAUAUGAACAGCCGUACAGUCAGCCUGUGGCAAUCACUAACCCCAGCAGCUCUGAGCGACAAGAUGAGAGUCAGCUUGAGCAGCGAUUGCAGGCAAUAGAAAAAAGACUGCGGCUAUCCGGGCUGGACAAGGCCUUCGAUAGCCCGGAAACGAACAUGGCGGCCUCUCCCGCUAUGCCGGAGAGCCAGGACCCGCAGCACAGUCCUGGGAUGAAGGGCCCAUUGGAUCAAGACGAUGAAGUCGAUGGCAUGGGCUCUGUGGCACUCAAAGAUGGAGCCGAUGAAGACGAAUAUUUCGGCGCUUCGUCCAAUGUGGCCUUCCUGCGCUUUAUUAUUCAUGCUGUCGGUGCCAACUCGGCAGAAAACUUACCUCCCUCAACCAUAGAUUCUUCCAGUGGGCUUCGGCCGCCGAGUGAUGACCAUUUCGAUGCGUUCUUGAGAAGACCAUCGGGUGUCAGCAGUGAAAUUGAGGGUCAGGGCAGAACUCGCGUGAAUGCGUUUGGGCUUCCCGCUGAAAUGGAAUCCGACGCCUUAUUGCAUUUGUUUUUCACCACAGUCAAUCUAAUGAUCCCCUGCAUUCACGAGUGCUCAUUUCGAGACACGUACAGGAAGUUGCACACUGAUGGGAUCCGGAGUGUGCGGAGAUCCUGGCUCGCGACCUUGAAUGUCGUGUUUGCUCUCGCCACAAAUGUCAUGACGGCAACUUCGCCGAAUAUUGAACGAGCCACGAGGGCCAGUAUGUAUUUUGAGCGGGCCAUGGAAUUGGUCAAAUCGGAUAUUCUAGGGCGUCUUUCAUUGGAAAUGGUGCAAUUGUUUCUUUUGAUGGAGGCAUACCUCGAAGGAACUACCUCUUCUUCACUUGCCUGGACACUACAUGGCCUGGCUGUCAAAGGGCAUACCAACUUGGACUCCAUGUUAUGGACUCGAAGAGCCUCUCGCCAACCGAUCGAGAAGUCCGAAGGAGAUCAUGGUAUUGCAUUCAGCAAUGUCCCAAGUGGUAUCACCAUAUCCAGCCUGGCAUAUUUCGAUUCCUUGAUAUCCGUCACUCACAUCAUGGGCGAUGCCCUAGAACGCCUCUAUGACCAAAACCUCGGUCUCCGCACCCGUCUCCCCAUGAGCGAAAGCCUCAACCAGAUCUCCAAACUUCGCUGGGAACUAGCCCAAUGGCAGGAUCGUCUCCCAUCCUGUUUACGAAUCAUAACCUCCCAGGACACGCUGGACGAUGUCCCACUGACAGUCGGAACCACCAGACUCCGCGUCCUCCUUUCUCUCCGCUUCCUCGGAGCAAGAAUCCUCAUUCUCCGACCGGUUCUCAGUCAAUUCCUGGAUUUGCCAGGCAUGACAACCUCAAACGAAUAUCAAUCUGAAUGGCUCCGGAAUUCCGGCGCCGUCUUACUAGCAGAUCUAGUCCGCACUUGCGGCGAUGUCCUGCAAAUCAGUAAGAAUAUCCUAGCUGGUUCUAGGAACGAUCAGAACUUGCUCGGUGCUUGGUGGUUCUCUUGUUAUUAUACGUUCAACUCCUCGCUCGCAGUCCUAGGAAUCCUCCUGAUAAAACGAAUCCCAGCUUAUUCAGGCCAACUAUCCACAUUCUCCAUCGCCGAGCUACGCGGCCUCCUCGAAACAGCAAUGGAAAUUCUCCGCGGACUAAACAAAGGCAGUGAAACCGUCAUGCGGUGUCGGGAUACUCUAACAAGACUUAUCACUGCAUUUGAUUUCGACGCAGGAUUCGCACCAGCAUCGUUCUCUCUGUCUCCAUCUAGUGCUUGGGCAUGGCAACUUGUGAAUCCGGGGUUGUUUAGCUCGGAGGCAUCGUUAAGUCUUGCUCCGGGGACUGUCGAUGUUACGCCGAACUCUCAGUUGCCGAUAUCGACGGAUCUGGAGUCGGACAUGGCAGGCGAGAUUCGUUUAGGGCGCGGAUGA